AGAGAGGGAUGUGUCCCCCAGAGACAGAGUCCUCCAGACCAGAGGGAAGAGGGACUGAGAGAGGGAUGUGUCCCCCAGAGACAGAGUCCUCCAGACCAGAGGGAAGAGGGACUGAGAGAGGGAUGUGUCCCCCAGAGACAGAGUCCUACAGACCAGAGGGAAGAGGGACUGAGAGAGGGAUGUGUCCCCCAGAGACAGAGUCCUACAGACCAGAGGGAAGAGGGACUGAGAGAGGGAUGUGUCCCCCAGAGACAGAGUCCUCCAGACCAGAGGGAAGAGGGACUGAGAGAGGGAUGUGUCCCCCAGAGACAGAGUCCUCCAGACCAGAGGGAAGAGGGACUGAGAGAGCAGGAGAUCUAACACAACAUCCACACCAGGCAGAUGCCAGGAGCAGCCAACCACAACCUCCAGCUAUCACUCUCAUCAAGCACCAAGAGCCCCAGUCACAUCAGCAGUCUCCUGAGGUUAUCCUCGCCCUGAACGCUGCCUCCGUCAUAGCUCAUAUCAAACUCCAGAGACAACUGAGCCUGAAGAAGACAACACCACAUGACCUUUCUACACAGGCCUCAAGGUCACACACCUCACCGGAAGAGGGAAAAGCACUGGUGAAGGAUGCUGGUGGUUGUGUGCGACCCAGGACUGAUGAUAACAGACUAGACCCUGGUGAGGCCACCAGAACCAAACAUCACACAACCCAGAUUGAUGUUGGGUUUAUUCCCCUGAAUUCUGACUCCGACCCGGAAACAAGCAAAGCCAACAUUCCAUCACCCAGGGAGGCUCUGGAGCGAUCCAGACCACACUUCAUCAGUCGCUCUCAGGGCAGACUGAGAGAGAUGGAGAGGCGGGCAGAAAAGAGGAGGGAGGAGAGGCGCUCUGACCACCAGCCAGAGGAGAUGAUGCUGAUGCACCAUAGAGGACACAGCACCAGAACCAGUCCUCUUAGUGAUAACCUUUUCAGACCCAGAGAUAGAGCCAUUACAGGGAAGGAGAUGCAGCUCAGAACCAGGCAAAACUAUAAAAAUCUGCCGGAGGUGAGGAGGAAACAGGAGGAAGAGAAGAGGAGGGAGGACUACCUGACUAACAGGCUGAGAGCAGAUCUCUUCAAAAAGAAACUGUUAGACCAGAUCCUUCAAAGGGCUAGUCACUGAGUGAAGCCAAGGAUGAAUGGUCCGAACGUACGUGGUCCCCCCCCCCUCCUCCCAGCAUACUGCCCUACAUUGAGAGACCCAACAACCAUCAAGACGGACUAACGAUCAUCCCAACGACAGUUUUAAUACACAUUAUAAUUAAGCAACAUCAUUUAAUAAAAAAAAAAAAGAUAAACACAUUUUUUAAAAUUUGUAGUGGAAAUGGGUAUCAUUAGAAAUGAAACAAAACGAUGUAUGUUAUAAUGUUCCAACGUUUUAAUCAUAACGUCUUUCAUCAUCAUAUUACUGCUGUUUAUGAUCCCAAAAAAUGUGUAGAAUACCGGUUUAGUUGUGGGAUUACAAUGUUACGAAUGUUGUUGUUCUAUGUUAUCUAUGUUGUCUAUGUUAUCUAUGCUAUCUAUGCUAUGUAUGCUAUGUAUGCUAUGUAUGCUAUCUAUGCUAUCUAUAUUAUCUAUGCUAUCUAUGCUA